CCGAUGACUUCCUGUAGAUCGGAAUCGGUGAUGUCGGCUGGUGUGGGUCUUGCUAUUAGAUUUGUUAAUUGUUCGUCUUUCCAUACGAAUUUGUCAAUAAAAUAAGAGUUUUUGGCGCGUAAUUAUGAUUCAGAACGACGACGAUUAUGCGUUAGCUCUGUAUCUGCAAGAAGAACUUAAUGAUGAUUCUCCUGUUAUUCAGGAAUGCUCUAACGGGAAAUCCGUGUCCAUCGUCGAUAGUUUUUGGGAAUUGAACGACCCGAAUCCCGACAUUCACGGUCUGUUUUUAGAAUUUAAUUCUAAUUAUUUCUGGAAUAAACUCGACGGAGUGGAAGUAAAAUGGAGUAAUCGAAUGACGUUAUGUGCCGGUAUCUGUGGUUACGAAGGACACGGUGGUCUCUGUUCCAUACGUCUCAGUUUGCCGCUUUUGAAGUUACGUCCUCGCAAAGAUCUAGUCGAAACUUUAUUGCAUGAAAUGAUACAUGCUUAUCUCUUUGUUACAAGAAAUAAUAAGGAUCACGAUUCGCAUGGACCCGAAUUUCUGAAGCACAUGUUUCGAAUAAACAAACUUACAGGAGCCAAUAUAACGGUGUAUCAUAAUUUUCACGACGAGGUGAAUUCGUAUCGUCAGCACUGGUGGCGCUGCAAUGGUCCCUGCAGGACAAAACCGCCCUUCUAUGGAAUAGUAAGGAGGGCAAUGAAUAGAGCUCCAUCAUCUGUCGAUUAUUGGUGGGCAGAACACGAAAGAAGCUGCGGUGGUGUUUUUGUCAAGAUUAAAGAGCCAGAAAAUAAUAUUUCUAAGAGAAAACCAGAAGUAAACAAUAAAAGUUCGAGUCCUAAAAAGUCAAAAUUUGCAGCAGACAUCAGAACAUUUUUCAAGUCCAAAGAGAAAGAAAAGAAUGGAAAUAUGUGUACGGAGAAGAAAUCGUUUGAUACGUCCAAAGGAAAAUCACUUUCCAAUAAUGGAUUUCGAUCAAAUAUUCAUACCUUAAAUGAUCAUAAGGAUAAAAAUGUUCAGAAAUAUCCAGUUGUGCCUUAUCAAGGAAAAGGAAAAACUCUAGGUUCGCUCGGCAGCAACGGUGAUUCGAAGACUUCCAAGUUAAUGUCUCUGUAUUGUGUCGACAAGAACUCCGACAGACUUCACUCUAGUUCGGAAAGCAGUCAUCCGUCGACUUCGGGUGGUGUUUUUACCCCGGAGAGACAAAAAUCCAAGUCAAUCUUCUCUUCGCCCCCUUUGAGCAACAUCACUUUCAGGAAGAAGCCUUCGAGUACAUCAAAACUUCAGAAUAUGUUCUACGACCGAGAUCGUAUGCGACCGGAAGUGUUAAAUUUGACAGAUCCUUCAAAUUUAUCAAAAACUAACAUUAAAAGAAGUAAAUCUGCCAUAUCCACAGCAUCGCCAUUAAAUUACUUGAAAGAUAUCUGGGAAAAGUCUUCCACGUCUUCGUCAAAUCAAAUGAAAAUUGAAAACUACGGAACUCAAACUGCAGGUGAGAAUUCUAAGUUAGGUAAAAAGAGCGAGGUCGAUGAUACUUCUUGCAAAGUACUAGUCGCGUGUCCGGUCUGUUGUUUGGACGUAGUCGAAACAGAAAUUAACAGUCAUCUUGAUAACUGCCUUCCAUAAUAUAUCUUAAAAAUUGUCUAUUCUUAAAAAAGUUUUUACAGUUAUAUUUUUUGUAAUUAUAAAAGCUCUAUUUUUUUAUAUGUAAAUAAAUAUUGUAAAUUAUAUUUGUGCAGUUAGAGAAAUAUUUUUAUAUUUGUUGAAUCCUAAUGUAAAACUAAACUGUAGAAAUUCGGGCAAAUUUAUAAACGUUUAUUAUUAAUUCCAAAAACAUUCUUACAGCUUUAUAGAUCAAAGUAAUUCUAAAUUUUGGUUUUGUUUUUACUCUGUCCUGCAACACUACAGCAGUGGUUCCCAACUGGUGUGCCGCAAAGGCAUUCUAAGUGUGCCACAAGACAAAUAAAAGACUAAAGCAUAAGUUAAAAGGUAUCAGAGAGAAUUAUGCAAUCUGUUGACCAAUCCAGUAAUAUAAAAUAAUAAAGUGGGCUGUUAGUCCAAAAACAUUGGGAACCACUGCACCAGAGUGUCUUUGUAUCGAGGAGCCUUGCCCAUUAUAGGUUCAUUAAGAUCUAUAAUGAGCACCUCUGUUAUAGGUUUGGUUCUUCCACCAAUGGUCAAGUGGAUGCAACCGCCAAAUGCUACAUGGGUUCGAAUCUGACUGACUGGCUGGCAACAUAGAGUUUACUUGGUAUUUAGAUGUUAAAUGUGUGAAGAACCAGUUUUUAAUAGUCUUCCCGGAGACACCCUCUUAGCAGAUUGUCCACGUGUUGUGAGUUUGAACACGACCGGAUGACGCGGGCCGGUACUCAAUAUUCUGAAUCCAUUAGUGUGUGAAAAUUUGAACUGAUCAUGAUUUGAAUCAGAAUCAGAAUCUUUGAACAACAGACAACUUUCUGACUAGGAAAAUUUACUUUGUUUAAAAAGGCAUGGUCUAAAAAAAUUGGUUAUGAGCAAACAAUAGGAGCUAAUAUUGACUGUCACCAAUUCAUUUUUAUAUACAGUAAAAUCUCACUAAGUCAAAGUUCAACAAUCGAGUACAUUUCCUUAAAAACAAAAAUACCUUUGACCGUACACAGCGAGAAUCCCGACGACCAUCACCAGCACUGUUCGUAUUGUGAUGCGUUUUCGAAUCUGCAGUGUCGUCGUAUCACUACAUUGUGUUAAGACAAAACAUCAUUAUAAUUUGAAUGUGGUCGUAGUGUUGCCAAUGUUUUUAUAUAUAUGUAACAUAAAUACACGGUGGGAAAGACAUUUAACACCCCUGUUACAGAAUAUAGAAUGCCCCCAAAGAAUGUACUGUAUGUUGAGUACAUCACGUAAUGUGCAUAACUUUACAUGAUGGCCAUUCGAGGUAGGUCAUCAAAUUCUUCAUGAAAUUCUGAUCCUAAAUGAUUUGUCAUAUGACCCCUUCCCAUUUAGUUUCGGAGUUGCAUUCAAUAUUGCUGCCGUCUUGAUGGCGGCCGUGCACGUAACAUACCGUACAUCAGUCUGUCUAAUGUGUUUCUGACGUGAGCGAAUUAAUGUUGGGUACAAACUUUGGAUUUAAUUUUUCAAAAUCGGUCGCUAGAACCAGUGGCAGAUCCAUGUGGCUGUAGGGGCUUAAGCUCUCCCUGUUGACAUGAAAACAAUUAAAAUUUAUUUGUUUGAACUUCAAAACAUUGUGUUCAAAAACAAACAUGAUUGAAUGGUUUGUCCUCAAUACAACUGUUGUGCACGUGUUACCUUUUAUUAAGUAUUUAAAUAUUUUUGAGUUAGCAAAUGAAGUACCCAAAGGAGAGGCUACCAGAAAGGAAAAUGCAUUCUCCAAUUGCAACGGCAUGAACCGGUACGAGGGUAGAAAUGGAUCCAAUGGCAAAUGCAGGCGAAAGGUAAGUAUAAUUUUUGGUAAGUAUAUAUUUGAAGACCAAAUACAAAUAGAAUUUGCCGCCAUCUACACCCUUUGGCAUUGGCAGAGUCCAACUUUUCUUCAAGACUCCUCUUUGUUUAAAAGUCCUUUCAGAAGUGGAAAGACUUCUUGUCAAUUUAUGUAAUCAUAGACAGAGAAGAGCCUCAAAGAAAACGCAGGCUCUAGCGGUGUUGCAUUCCCAUAUUAGGAAAGGUUUAGUUUUGGGUUAUAUGAGAAUGCCUCACGGGAGGACUUUCUAUGGGAAGCUGCCCAUGGGAUAUUUAGGUAUUACAAAUGUGAAGAAAAACUCCACUCGGCCUGAACCCAUAAUCAUCUACCGGUGGUCAGAAAGGACGCAAGGAGUGCAAAUUCUAAUUGUAAUAACUCGAGAGU